GAUACAGAUAAAUCACUCGCGCCCAAACAAACGCGGAAAGCAAAGCUUGAGCUGCGCGCCUGUAUAUGUGAAAUAUGUUAACAUUAGGAAAAAGAGAUGCAGUCGUCAAGGAGAAUUUGCACGAGUUUCUAUGAAGUAAAAGUAGCAUUGCAGUUUUGUGUUAUAUAGAGAGCCAUUAUACGUGCUUGCGCUUUGCAGAUGGACAUUGCUGCGGUGCCCACGCUCUGAUGUGUAUUCCGCAUGACAGGAGCUCGUUUCGGUUUUGUCAUUUUCUUUGCUGUUGUACUGUAUUGCUGAAAUUGGAUUAUACUGAAGUGGAAGAAAUCCGUGACCUUAAUGGAUUUGUCUUGCAAGGAUGUUGAGGACUUCACAUAUGUGCAGCAGGAUGGAGAUGAUGUCAUCUUUCCUACAGCUGUUUCUGAAGAACAGCUGAAGGAAGCAAGAAAGAAAUCCCAAAGACUGGUCUUUGGAUCUAACAGCAUAUGUAAUUUGCUAGAAGAUAAUGGAGAUAAAGGACAUCUGCAGGGCAAGCUAAUACUUGGACAGAGAGCAUCAGAACACUAUCAUAAAGGGUUGGAAGCAAAUUCUCAUGGAGACUGGGAGAAGUCAGUUAUAUGUUUCACCAAAGCAAUCAACCUACAUCCACAUAAAGCACAACUCUACAUAUGCAGAGCUGAAGCCUACCUGCAGCUGUGUGACUUCCAGUCUGCCACUUUGAAUUAUAGGAAGGCGUGUGAGUUGGACCCAUGCACAGAAUAUUUCCAAAGCCGUUUUGCUUUCAUCUUCUAUUUUCAGGGACAAUGUUUGUUUGACCAAGGCAUGUAUGUAGAUGCUUUGGAGUCAUUUGCAAAAGCCUUAGAACUGAGACCUGAUAACUACAUAUACCACAUCAGAAGCUUAGCUUGCCUUGCAUCUUUAGGCAAACAUGGCGAAUGCUUAACACUGGUAAACAAGAUGCUUGCAAAAGAAACUGGAAAACCAGAACUAUAUAUUCUAAGAGCAAGACUGCACAGGCAUUUAAAUCAUGCGACUCUGUGUUACCAAGAUGUGAAAACAGCCCUUACUAUGUUUCCAAAUAGUUUGGAAGCACAAUCAUUAUUAAAAGAGUUGAAUGAAAGUGCAGAGAAAGCCUUUGAUGAAGCCAAAAGACGACUUGUGAUGGGAAAGCUGCACGAAGCUCUGCAAAAAAUCAAUACAGCACUGGAAAACAAUCCUGAACAUGUCCAGUAUUUUCUAUUUAGAGGGAUUCUGUACAGGCAACUCAAGGAUUUCAGUGCUGCAAUUGACAACUUGGUUCUUGCUCUGGAAGACACCAAUGAUUUGAAGGAAAACUCCAUUCAGAAUGAGGCAGAGAAACAACUGAUCGUCACCUACAAUGACUUUGCUGUAUUCUGUUUCACCCGUGGGUUUUAUGAUGAGGCUGUUAUGCUCCUUAACAAGGCCAUUAAAGAAGAGAAGAAUGAAAAGGGUCUAUAUCUCAACAGAGGAGACUGUUAUCUCAAGAUGGGUGAGUUGGUUUUUGCCCUUGAAGAUUACAGGCAGGCAGAAGAAAUUGACUCCUCUGACCAAACCAUCCAUGUCCGCAUUGCGGUGAUCCACAAGACAUUAGGGUUAGAGCAUUACAAGCAAGGGAAGUACACCCAAGCAGUUGAAAAUCUCUCCAGUGCUAUUGAGUACAGUCCAACAGUGUCAGAUUAUUAUCAGAACAGAGCUAAUGCCAAGUACAGGCUUUCAGACAUGGAUGGGGCAAAGGAUGAUGCAAUUAUCUCAUUGAUUCUGGACUCCAGAAAUAAGCAGGUACUGCCUCUGAUCUCCCAGCUAUUUCCUGGAUGGUCUCUAGAAGAGGUCUUAUGCAGCAAGGAAUCAGCGAUAGCAAAAGAGAAGCUGAGAACCAGUUUGAAUGUGAAAAAAGAUCAGUCGUCGUCUUCUAGGAAUAUUAAAGAAGCCAAUAUUUUGCAGAAAGAACCAGAUUGCAAUUCAACAAUUGGGAAAGGAAUUGUUGCAUGUGUAGAGGAAAAGGACCUCUAUAAAGAAAUUGUGAACAGCAAAAUCAAGAUAAAUCAAGCUGUCAAGGCUGCUCUACACCAUCGAAUCCCUCUGCAUAAAGAAGGGCCCAAGAUUGCUGCUGUGGUUGAAACUUUACCAGAACCAUCAGAGGCGACUCUCUCAAAUAAGCCCUACCACUGGAGAAAGUUUGGAUUGGGAGUAGGGUUACUAAGAUAAUUGGGAACAUUAGGGGAAAAAACAUUACAAGGAUAUAAAUGGAAAUGGCAAGCGAUACUAAAAUAAUUGGUAUGGUAACCUGAGCAGGGUUUACUGCCUUUAUUUUAGUAAAAAUCCUGUUUUGCAUAUACACUGCUACCAUUGGUAAGGUGUAACUGUAGCAAAAUAGUUCAGUAACCGAUUAUAGCAAUGAUUGGUCACUUGAGGAUCCUGGUAAAACAUUUUAAAAAUGAACUGGUUAACACUUAAAACUCCCCUAAAUUGGUGCCAAAAUCCCUUUUGUCGUCGUUUGAAUUGUAAGAGUAAAAUUCAAAUAUUGAGUUUGAAGUAAAAAUCAUGAAGCCACAAUCAUGUUGCUGAAAUAGGAAAAAAUAAAUGUAUCCCUAAGAAACAACCAUAAGGGUACAGAUUCCAACCUGAAACCAAGGCUCCCCUUUGUGUGUCUACCUUUGAACUCAGCAGUAGGGUCAGUGAGAGGAGAACAUCCAUCCUGUGGGGAAUGAUGAACCAUCUUUAUUGCUACUGUACAGCAAGAAGGGACCUACUUCUUAUCACAGACAGAAAAAAGUCACAAAUAGUGACUUUCCUAUGUGCAGUGCCAAAAACUAUGAAAGAAGCAGUGGCUGCAUCAUUGAUUUGAUUUGGGGAGCUGUGCUAUGUAAAAAGUAGUCCUGUGCCUCCCUGUCAAACGGCAAAAGGGACACCUAUGAACAAGAAGGUUAAGAGCCUCUGGGCUGUAGUACUGAACAGGGAGACGAUUCCACUAAUAUAAUGUUCUUGGCUUUUAAUAAUUUCCUGUUUUUGUUCAAAUUUCCUGUUUUUUUUUUUUUUAAGUUAAGCUCAGUUAAACGAUGCUUAAAUCGAACCUAACAAAUCAUUAAAGUGAUAUGCAGAGGCUUUGUCUUUACAUUAGCAUUCGUCAUUCUGCCUGACUGAAAUAAAUAUAUAAUGUACGUUAUGCAUAAGAUUCAAAUUGAAAAUUAAACGGCAUGAGAAUAAUAUGAAAGAGAGUUAAAAUACAAUGAAACUUUUGUUACCUACCCUUCUAUUUUUUAUUUUUUUAUAAAAAGUAAAGGAAUUGAAAGUAUACUGUAGGAAGGUUUUAAUUGGUUUAUGUGUUUCAGCAUCACAACAUACCCUUUUACAAUGUUGUUAUUUUUUGACAGCAUGUUUUUUUAUCUAAACAGCUAAACCAGAAAAUAGUUUUCUAACAAUAAAAUACAGGAAAACUUAAUAGACACAAAAUUUAUCACUAAUUGUGGAUCUUUAAAUGAUCUGACUCAUCAAGUCCUGUUUAGAAUCCUAUCAUUAUUCACUAACAAUGUUGGAUGAAUACUUAUGUGUUGCAUUACAGUUCAUUUUUAAAUUCUAGCCUGUGGUCAAACAAUCUUCUGUGGAUCACUUGUAAAAAUAAAAUCUUACAUAUAAACGUCUACAUGAUGAAGUGUGCGUGUCUGUCUGGAAGUAAGAGGUGGAAUCGGGGUAAGAGCUCCACCUCCGAGGAAACAGAAAACUCUUUUACCAACUAAGAACACAAGCGAGGCCAGCAUGUC